AUGACAAUAUUUGUCAAUCUGAAAACAAGUGAAGUUCACAGUGCUUUGCAGAAGAUGAGACACAUGGAGGCUUCACUAUCUAAAGUCUAUCGUGCUUUCCCGGAUUGCUCUAAUAUAGCUGCUAAGAUCAAUACAAUGAAGCGUCUGAUUGAAGAGCAAAUCCAUUCUCAGCGACAUCAAGCAACAUAUCUUGUAAAUCUUGCGGCAAGGACUGCCCCUAAAGGCAUUCACUGUCUUUCUAUGCAGUUGACUGCAGAAUACUUUGCCUCGAGGCAGCAUGAGAGAAAGCUUCCAAACAAAAAUAAUAUUAAUGAUCCACAACUUUAUCAUUAUGCUGUCUUCUCUGACAAUGUUCUGGCAUGUGCAGCAGUUGUUAACUCAACUAUCUCUACUGCCAAGGAACAGGAGAAACUUGUUUUCCAUGUAUUGACCAAAUCACUCAACUUACCAGCAAUCUCAAUGUGGUUCUUGAUAAAUCCGCCUGGCAAAGCUACAGUCCACAUACAGAGCAUAGACAAAUUUGAAUUGUUCUCCAAGCACAAUUCCUUCCAGGAAAAUAAUUCCAGCGACCCAAGAUACACUUCUGAAUCGAACUACCUGCGUUUCUACCUUCCAGACAUUUUUCCUGCUCUAGAUAAGAUUGUUCUAUUUGACCAUGAUGUGGUGGUGCAACACGAUCUCAGUGCACUAUGGAAUAUUGAUAUGAAGGGAAACGUAAUUGGAGCAGUUGGAACUUGUCAGGAAGGAAAAAUCCCAUUUUAUAGGAUUGAUAUGUUCAUAAACUUCUCAGAUCCAUUAAUUGGAAAGAGGUUCGAUGUCGAUGCUUGCACAUGGGCAUUUGGGAUGAACUUGUUCGAUUUGCAACAGUGGAGGAGACACAAUUUAACUGCUGUCUAUCACCAUUAUUUGCAAUUGGGUUUGUGGAAUAUUGGAAGUCUACCUUUAGGCUGGCUAACUUUCUAUAACAAGACAAAGUUGUUGGAUAGACAAUGGCAUAUUCUUGGCCUUGGUUAUAGUUCAGAUGUCGAUCGAAAUGAGAUUGAGCGGGCUGCUGUUAUACACUAUGAUGGGCUUAGGAAGCCGUGUUUCAACUCUACAAUGGCAACCAUCUCCGCUGCUACUACAUACCCAUCGAUCACCCGCGCAUGUCUUGUGGGAAAGCGGCCUCUUGGGGUCUCAUCUCCCGUUCUUGGAUUGCCAACAAUGGGUAAGGUGGGAAGAGUGAGGUGCACCAUGGAGGAAAAGCCUUCUGUGAAGGAAAGCAGCUCAAACCUGGGGAUGGGGGCAUCUUUGAUAGCAGCUGCCUGUGCUGCAGCCAUGUCAGGCCCAGCCAUGGCCUUGGUGGAUGAGAGACUGAGCACUGAAGGAACCGGGCUUCCCUUUGGGCUCAGCAACAAUCUUCUUGGUUGGAUCCUGUUGGGUGUCUUUGGUCUUAUAUGGGCUCUCUUCUUUCUCUACACUUCAACUCUUGAAGAAGAUGAAGAGUCAGGAUUGUCCCUUUAA